GUGCCCUCAAAUUACCCUUGGCUCUCCGUUUCAGGGAACGGCCCUUGUUACAUUCUUCUCUUCCCUGCGUAUACGCACAUACAGUAUUGCUUUAAUCAAGAACUAUAUCGAAACCCGGUCCUCUUGUCACAGCUCUCACCUCACUCCCCUGUCACAUUGAGCUCUGCUUCCCACAAUGCGAAAGAGAAUUCUUCUCGAAUCAUCCGAGUUGGAACAAGAAAAAGCCAACUUGCUCGGACUCAGACUGGCACUGUGAUGAACAUGCUGAAAGAACAUUACCCACAUGCACAGCUCGAAAUCGUUGCCAUGACAACCACUGGAGACAAAAUUCUGGACACUGCUCUCUCGAAGAUUGGUGAGAAGAGUCUGUUCACAAAGGAGCUGGAAGCUGCAUUAGAGAAGAAUGAGGUUGAUUUGGUAGUUCACUCCCUGAAAGACCUGCCAACAGCACUCCCUCCUGGGUUUGCAAUUGGAGCCAUCUGCAAGCGUGAGAUUCCUUAUGAUGCUGUUGUUGUGCAUCCAAGUCAUGCAGGAAAGUCCCUGGACACGCUGGCAGAGCGGAGUGUAGUCGGCACUAGUUCUUUACGACGAGCAGCACAGCUGAAAAGACGGUUUCCUCACCUGGAGUUCAAGGAUAUUCGAGGCAACUUGAACACAAGGUUAAAGAAACUCGAUGAGAAGAAUGACUUCAGUGCCAUUGUACUGGCAGCAGCUGGUCUGCGGCGAAUGGGUUGGGAGAAUCGGAUCAGUCAGAUUUUGGAGCCGGAAGAUUGUAUGUACGCUGUGGGUCAGGGAGCCCUGGCUGUUGAAGUCCGGGUGAAUGAUCCAGAUGUCCUGGAAAUGGUUUCUGCUCUCAACGACACCGAGACAGUUCUCCGCUGCAUAGCUGAACGUUCCUUCAUGAAGCACCUGGAGGGAGGCUGCAGUGUGCCUGUUGCUGUUCACAGUGUCAUUAAUCAACACCAGCUCUACCUCACAGGGGCUGUAUACAGUCUUGAUGGAUCCGACAGCUUAAAAGAUACAAUGCAAACCAGUGUUUCCACUCAGACACAGGAUGAAGAUUGUAACGUUGCUGAUGUUCAACAUGUUGGGAUCAUGGCAAAGAGAAUACCACACAACUCCCAGGCAGCAGCUGAGAAACUGGGAAUAGACUUGGCCAAUCUAUUGCUUAGCAAAGGUGCCAAGGAUAUCCUAACUGUGGCCAGGCAGCUGAAUGAUUCAAGAUAAUGCAUUGUAUUUAUCCUAAUGUGAAUACUAUAUGGUUAUUUAAGCAUUCAAAAAGCUAUAAAUAUGCAGUAACCAAAGGUAACAGACAGUAUCCCUUCCCAGUGCCUUAUGCAUAUCAUUUGCUUCUGUAAGCUUUCACAGUUUAUUGUAUUUGUGCCUCCUAAACUGCGCUCUAAACAAACUAGGUUGUUUCAUCAACUUAACUUCCAUCUGUUGCUGGGAUCCUGUCACUGCUCUAGUCAUGCUAUAUGAUUCAGUACGUAACCUGCAUUUUCUUUUUAUUUUUCAAUGAUCUCUAAAGGGUAUGUACAUUUUUUAACAAUAAAGUAGUUAUAAUAUAAAACAAUUUGUACAAAAGAUACUCUUGAAAUUGGUGAUUUUGAAGUACCUGUUAAUUUAAAUUUGAAACUUGAAGUAAUGUUUUUUUUUAAAUGCUGCCUAAGCAGUUUUAUUCAGUUUACACUAUUGAGCAGGUUGGGUUUUAGUUAAAAGUCUCUUUAGAAUGAGUGGGAAUAGACAGUGAAAUUGAAUUUUGGCCUUGUUCCCUUCACUAUUCCAGUCUGGCUCAUUCUAAUAUUUAGUCCUUUCUUUAGUUCUGUUGUGUCAGUUAAUAACAUAAAUGCAGUAGUAGUGUCAUCUUCCUCCCAAGGCCCUAAUUGUCCUUGAAGUUGGUCAGUACUGGUUUGCAGCUAGGAGCAUGUCAUCCUCAUUGAUGUUGAAUGACUUUGCAGCAUAUGGGUCUUUUGCAUAGAGAUAUUGUACAAGAAAACCAUUAUCUAUCUUGUGCCCAUUUGUAUGUCAUUCCAGGAUAAUUCCCUGCAACAUGUGAUAGCUGAUUUUCAGUUUGUGUUGACUUCUUCCCAUUCUGCAGCCAACCGCCCCUCCUACCCCACCACCACCACGUGUACAUGUGGAGUGCCUUUGAAAAUAGCUUGGGAUAUUGAGGAAGUUUGUAAACAGUUAUUACCUUCCCAGUUUCCAAUGUUGAGUAGGAUAAUGAAGAGUAUGUUGAAGAGUAGAGGCAGCUUCUAGCCUUGCAUCAGAUGGAUUGAGAAAUUAUCAAAUUGAUUUUGAGUUCAGUAUGUGAAAAUCAGAAAAUUUCCAGAUGUUAGAAAUCUGAAAAGAAUGUUGCAGAUACUCAGCAGAUCAGGCAGUAUCUGCGGAAAGAGACAAAAAUUAAUGUUUCAGGUUAAACACCCUUUUUGCAGAACCUGUUCUGAUGAAGGGUCUUCAAUCUGAAACAUUGUUUCUCUUGCUACAGAUUUUGCUUUAAAGGUUUUUUUUCUUAAGUGUGGCAAUAUAACCAAUUUACCAUGUAAAUGUAUGUAAAAAUCUCUGAUGUCAAAUUUUCCAAAGAUCAUUCACAGUGGACAUUUGACACUGCAGCUGAGCUAAAUCUUUUUUGUUGUCAUCUGUUAUCAUUACAAGUAAUCUUCCUUCUGGAAUUUAUGGGAGAGAAACCUGUAAUGUACUUUCCCACCUCUGUGACCCAAUAUUUCUCUAGCUGAGCACACUUAUGCUGGCCUCCUCAUGUUAAGAGUUUUGGAGCAUUUUGAUUUUAGUGUCAGCAUUUGUUAUUGAAAUGGCUUCUGAAUCAGAUGUUUAUGGUCUGAAGUUCCACUCCAGAGACUCAAUCCAGACUCAUACUCUCUUUUGUACUGGUGUUGCUCUGUCAAAGUUGCAGUCUCUUUCUUUGAAAUAUUGUACUAAGAUCCUGUCUUCUCUCUCAGUUGGAACCUAAAGAAAUAUUGUGAUGAAGUGGAAGAUUUUCUGUGUUUUCUGGCCAUUAUUUAAACCUAAUCAAAACUACACACAUUUUCUAAUCAUCAUCACAUAGGAGCUUGCUCUAUGCAAACUGCUGGUUUUCUAUGUUACAACUGUAACUGUAGAAGUAAUUGACAUUGAAGUGUUUUGUGAUGUCCUGAAGUUAUAAAAGAUACUAGAUAAAGUAUUUCUUUAUAAUUUGUGACUGCACUAAAUGCAGAAGAGAAGUACAUCAAACUAUUAAUGAACUUUAUUGAUUGUUGUGUUGGCCACUUACAAGGGAUACUGUCUGAAAAUGUAUGUUACACUUUGUUCCUUAAUACCAGGGUUUCUGUUCCUGAGGUUCCAGGCUGGGUUAUAUGAAUUAUAUUUUUUACAAAGUAAGGUGUCAUGGUGCUUUUUAAAAGUAGGCCAGAAAUCUGAAGUUACUGUGGGGUGCCAUAGACUGCAAUUACUUAAGCCUGCUCCAGUAAUUGCGUAGCUUACUUUCCAAGGGAGUAGGCAAACUGCAGACCAAAAACAUGAAAAACAAGACCAAAACAAAAAACAUUGAAAAUCUGGGAAGAGGAAUUUGACUGCAGUGCUCACUGUUCUUAAAGGCUGGAUUUCUUUCCAGAGUGAAUGGAAGCCAGGAUGCCAUGGAAUGUUUGGUUUUUGCUUCUUUGCAAUAAUUACUAUGUUUAGCUCUAAUGCUGUUACUGUGGAUAGACUACUUUUACCUUAAAACAUAAAUCCUUUGGUGCCUUCUAAACUCAGACUAGUAGAAAUGUUGAAAACAUCUAUAAUUUAAUCCAUAAUCUCUGGCUUUCUGUCCUCUCUCCUCGUAGACUACUUUUAAACUGUGUGGUAGUCGAAUUUGUUGCCAUAGAGUUGGUUAACUUUCAUAUUUUGUGCAAAAUGAUCUGUAGCUUUCCAGCCCUAACCCAAUGUCUGAAGUUACUGAAGAGGCAAAGAAAAUUCAGACAGCGGCCAAGUUCUGUGUAUCACCUCAACCUUGUAUUUUUAAUCAGCACAACCUUGUGUGAAAGAAAAGAACGUUUAGUGAGGGUGGUUAGAUCAAACUGAGAAUUCCCCACAACUGGGUAAUGGUGAACCCCACCAUUUAGUUCACCAAUAUUAGUACUUUGAGAACAAGAAGAAUGAGGUUCUGGCUCAACAUGGCACAAACAGUAGUUGUGAUAAAGUGCCCUGUGUCUGUGCUGUUGAGUUCCAUUUGCAAGAUUCACUGGAUUACAUGAGAAGUUGGGUAUUUAUGCCCUGUUAGAAUGCAAGUUGUCUCUGAUACGAACAUAAGUGAGGGCAAUUGCAAUUUAACCUACCCAUUGGAAACUGCUGGGAUUAAUAGAAAAUGUAAUUACAGUAGUGUUAAACUAGAGUUCCACCUGAUCUUGUGGAAUUCUCCCUGCUCAUAAGAUGCAUGUUUUCAUUAUAGUUUAAAAGUAAAUCACAGUCUUUUGAUAUUUUGCCUUUCAGUGAAUAUGAGAUCAAACUUGGUUAUGGUUUAAGAUACAGGAUUAACGCAGUAGUUUGAUAAGUUCUAGCCAGCACAGACACAUUUUCCCAGGUUCCUUACUGUGAGAUAUCUCUCUCCCUUGAUUCAUAAACAAUGAGGAACAUUGAUGAGUAAUUUCAAAUGCAAAUUUGAUUAUUGGAAAUGUUCUACAAACAGUUAAGAAUAGCUUUGACAUUUACAUGAAUAUUUCCCUUGUUGCUAUCUUCAAUUCCAGAUUCACCAAGCUGUAGGAUUUUGUAGGAGAGCCUUACUAAAAUGGGUCUCCAAUCUUAAACAAUGAUGUAAAAUGUCUGUUAAUUAGAGGCACAGAAACUGUUGAGUAGGACUGGACUCUCAGGGCCUAAAUCCCCACAAACACAAUUCCUAGAACACACUAUAUGAUAAACUUUAUUUUUUUAAUGAAAAAUGAUCUUGCAAAAGGAUUAACAAAUAAAAUUCUACUGGUCUGGGAUAGCUUUGAAGCAAGGUAAUGUUUACAGGAAAGUUUCUUACUGUUAUGUCUUUGCUGUAGAUUGUCUGAAAUAAGAUUGCUUAUAUUAAAUAUCAUUAUUGUUGCUAUGAUGCUUGCCCCUUGCAGUAAUGUCAAAAUAAAACAGCACAA